AUGGAGGAGUUGGUGGAGGAUGACAUCUGUAUUUUGAACCAUGAAAAAGCAGACAACACUCCUAAGAGAGAUGGGGAGAUUCCUGUUUCGUCUUAUAGUGGAGAUGAGUCUGUUGCCUCACACUUCGCGCUUGUCACUGCAUAUGAAGAUAUCAAGAAACGACUAAAGGAGACAGAGAAGGAGAACUCCUCCUUAAAAAAAAGAGUGAGAAUUCUAGAAGAGAAGCUGCUUGGCUCCCGACUGGAAGAGGAAUGCAGUUCAGUUGGACGUGAACAAGUAAAUAAGGCGUACCAAGCUUAUCGAGAGGCCUGCAUUGACAGAGAUCAUCUGAAAAGCAAGCUCGAUAAAAUGAUGAAAGAAUGUUCAGAAUCCUUGAAAACCUUGAAUGAACAGUUGCAGUCUAAAGAAGUAGAGCUAUUACAGCUAAGAACUGAAGUGGAAACUCAGCAAGUGAUGAAAAAUCUGAAUUGUACCCAGUCCAGCUGGGAAAUAGAGAAGCUGAACAGUGACCUGAAAGUGCACAGUCUGGAACAGGAUCUAGAAAAGCUCAAGCAAGAGUACAACAGUCUCAGAAAGGAGUUGCAAAAAUCUAAGCAGAAGGAUCAGGCCCAAAGUGAAAGUCCAUUAAAUGGAGACCUCAUUCGAAGGCAAGACAUCCAAAGUGUGCAACAAGCCUAUCGGGAACUGAAGAGAGAAAUGUCUAAUUUGCGCCUAGUGACUGACGUGCAAGCUGAGCUCCUACGAACACUGAAAACAAACCCAACAGCGACCAAGAAAGCUGCCUCUACUGCACCAGUGCAAUGUGUUGACUUGAACAUUUCAAAGCUGAAUUUGACAUCUGGGGUGGCCUAUAAAAAACUCUCACAAAACGAUCAAGUUCUCUGCAACGCUGUGUCUCCCCCUCUGCCCAGAGGUGUACAAAGCCCACCUGAAAGGGUGACUCUACAAGCAUGGACAGAUGAGAGACCCAUUCCAAUGGAUGGCAAAACGUUUCAGGAACACCAUUCGUAUGGAAAGAGCUCUCUGGAGGAUAAUUCCUGGGUAUUCCCAAGUCCUCCAAAGCCUAAUGAGAAUGUGUUUUGGGAAGUGAAAAACAGAUCAACUUUGCUAAACUGUCCAGCUGAUUACCUGGAUCAGUGUAAUCAAAACUGUCUGCACAAGAGUUAA